UCUUUCGGAGCGGUGGUGAAGGGCCCGGGUGAGGUAGGGGUGCUUGUUGGGUCUCAUGGCUGCCUUCGGGAAGCUCAGCACUUCCCGUCUCCCGCCGUUGCCCACGAUUCGAGAAAUCAUUAAGUUGUUCAGACUGCAAGCAGCGAAGCAGCUAUCACAGAAUUUCCUCCUGGACUUGAGGCUGACAGAUAAAAUUGUAAGGAAAGCUGGCAAUCUGACAAAUGCUUAUGUUUACGAAGUGGGCCCUGGGCCAGGGGGAAUCACAAGAUCUAUUCUCAAUGCUGAUGUCACCGAACUUCUGGUGGUUGAAAAGGACACUCGAUUUAUUCCUGGAUUACAGCACUUUUCCUUGCUGCCGCCAUAUGAAAAAGGAUGUGUUUGCUUCCCCUUCCACCAUGACUGUAAGUUUCCUGAGGCCUCCCCAGCCAUGCUGAACUCACCUGGGAAACUGAGAAUUGUUCAUGGAGAUGUCUUGACAUUUAAGGUAGAAAAGGCUUUUUCAGAAAGUCUUAAAAGACCCUGGGAAGAUGAUCCUCCAAAUGUACAUAUUAUUGGAAAUCUGCCUUUCAGUGUUUCAACUCCACUGAUUAUCAAGUGGCUUGAAAAUAUUUCCUGUAGAGAUGGACCUUUUGUUUAUGGCAGAACUCAGAUGACUUUGACUUUUCAAAAGGAAGUGGCAGAGAGACUUGCGGCCAAUACAGGAAGCAAACAGCGUAGUCGCCUCUCUGUUAUGGCUCAGUACCUCUGCAAUGUUCGACACAUCUUUACAAUUCCAGGACAAGCUUUUGUCCCCAAACCAGAGAUUUUCCUCCAUCUGAACCACCUUCACCCUCUCUCUGGAGCCCCUCUCUGCGGAAGAGGAGAUUCAGUGGAUCCUAUUCUUCAACCCUCCUUUGCAGUUUUGCCCUUUCCUUGGAAGGAACAGGAGCUGGGGUACUUGAGGUAAAAGAGGCCAGCCCCAAAUGUGGUCAUGUUCUAGAAAACAUAAGCACUUCUGACAAAAGUUAAACAGAAGCCCAGCAGGCCACUGCAUGACUCAGCCUGCUGGCCUCUUCUGUCACCAAAACAAGGUUACUCUGGAAGGAUCUCUGAACAUUUUCCAGAGUCAAAGAUUUUUUUCUUUUUAUAUCACCUACAGUACUACCUAACCUUAAGGAAUUUUCUGCUAUAUUCUAAAAUUGUAAAAACAAAUUUGUGGAUCUUUGUUUUUCUAACACAUUUUAGGGUAUCAAGGCAGAAAGGAAAAUGUUGAAAACUAUUGAUAGGGAAAAUAAGGAAACAAUGAAAGGCAUUUGGCAAAGAAAAAGCUAUCCACCAGCUUUUAGUUUCUCCCAGAAAUCUGCUAAGGAACAUCAAAACAACCUCUCUUGUCCUCGUUUUCCUUGUCUAUAAAAUAAAAGGCACCAAAAAUUA